AUGAAGCUGAGCCAUCAUCGCAACAUCAAACCAUUUCCAACCUUGGCUCCGUGCCCGCCGCGCGUGUUGGCUCCACAGACAUCGCCGGCGGUCACUAAGCCCAAGAAGAACUCGACAGCUUGUCUGGCAUGCAAGGCAGCUAAGAGAAAGUGUUCUGGGCCCGAUGCACCUUGUAAGGCGUGCCGAGCGGCCAACACCGAGUGCUAUUUCGAUCCCAGCCGAGACCUCAGGCGAAAGGUAGCUGUGAAGCGGACGAUCAUCGAACUCACGAAUCACAAAGAGCUAUUAGCAACUUUGAUAGAAACACUGAAAAAAGCCGACGAACCGGAGCUUGAGCAACUCUUGAAUUUGAUUCGGGGGGAGGCAACGCUGGAAGCCAUCGCAGAGGAGGUGGGAGCGCCCGUGAUGAGAUUCGCCGAUCCACAGGAGCUCUCGACUUCCAGUCAACUGGCCAUAUCAGAGUAUGGAGACCAGCCGGUUGAAGUUUCAGGCUCCGGUUCCCAACCGAGACGCACUUCAGAUGUGAGCAAUGUGGCAAGCUCCCCCGAUGACAUUCAGUUCAUGACAUUACCUCCAAUGCCAGUGAUCAGCCCUUAUGCACGUAUUUCACUGGAAAGUCUUUGCGACAUACCUUUGUUCGAGGUACCAGCAAGACCAUGGACAGAUGUCACAGACAGCGACUAUCUGGUCUCCCAUCUGGUCUCACUCUACUUCACAUGGGACCACCCUGGCUCGCAAUUCCUGGACCAACGUGUGUUUCUCGCCCAUAUGAAAAAGGCGGAUUUGGACUCGGGUUUUUGCACACCUCUCCUUGUUAACAGUCUUCUAGCGACGGCCAGCACAUACUCUGAUAGUCUCGAUGUAUUUUCCAUACCGGAUAAUGCUUAUUCAAGAGGCCAAUCUUUCUUUGACGAGGCGCAGAAACUGUGGGAAACCGAGGCCGAAGCUAGUCUGUCUUCCAGCAGUCUACCCAAUGUCCAAGCUCUUCUGAUGAUGAGUAGUUUGUUCAAACUUCGUGGUCGAAUCAGUAAAAGUUGGCUGGUACUUGGUCAGGCUGUCCGACUGGCUCAAGGGAUGGGUCUAUUCGAUUCACCCUCGUCGGCACAAGAAACGGCACUUACGGAAAUGGAGCGUGUUCGCACGAUAACUGCUUGGAGUAUCUUUAAUCUUAGCUCGCAACUUUCAAUUGAGUUGAAAAUCAUCGCUCCCCUGCCAUGCCCCGUGUUGGGCAUCCGCCUAUGCGGUAUCGAGGAUGUUAACUGGACGCCAUAUCCUCGAUCUAACAAGAUCACCUAUGACAAAAAGCUUGCUCGUCUUCCGGAUAUCCGCCAAGGGCAGGCUGAUAUUGCGAAAAUAUCAAGCGACAUCCAAGGACUUUUGAGCCAACGAAAUCAGGGCAUCAGUGCUGAUGCUUUGUGGAAAGAAGCAAACGCUUAUUUUGAUCGCCUGAGCACUUGUCUUCAACUUUGGCCCAGCUUAGAGGAAAUGGGAGCCGACCCAGUCCCUCAACUGUACCUACUAAGGAUCAAAUGUCUCGAGACUAUCAUCACUCUAUUCGAAAUGUUCAACGAUCCCGCUCACCCACAGUUCGCCCAAGAGGCCCAGGAUCACCAAACUAGGUCAGCGCAUGAAAUGGCACAAUGUCUUCGUCUCCAUCGCCGGUCCUACGGUACAAAACACGUACCAAGUCAGAUGGUCAGUGCUACACAAGCAGCCCUUCGGGUUAUGAUCUGCCAUUUCGACAUCAGUGAUGAAUCUAUGCAGGCUUUCGCUGAGCUCUCUCUCUUUGGAACAACUUUCGGCUAUAAGUACAAGGAGACUGCCAGUGCGAUGCGGGAAAUCAGAACCAAAGUUACCCAGGAAAAUAUUCGGCUGCCCGAUGAUAUAAUUACAAUCCUCGGGGGGCCCGGGGACAAGGGCUAUGACUCGUGA